ACUCCUGUUAUAAAUAGCAGCGCCUGGAAGCCACCCCUUCAGCCGCAUCCCCAAGGUGUGGGCUGAAGAGUUCGAGGAUCCCCGCUCCGGAGGCGCUCAGCACAGCGAGCAGAGAUCCGGGUUUCCGGGCUGCUCCAGGGGGCCGCCCCGCAGCCAGCCGGGAGGUGCGGUCGUCCGGGCCCCCAGUCCGCGCCGUGCCGCCCCGCGCGCGCCAGUUCUCGGAGCUUCCACCCGGCGCGGGCUUGCGCGACUGCGGCUGAGGAGCGGGGGAAGGCGGAGUUGGUGGGGAAACGAAACCGAGAGUGAAGGGGCGGGAAGCGCUGGGCUCCGGCGGCCGCGGAGGAGCAGAGGUCCGCCCUCCCGCACGCGGACGCGUGUCGCCGGCCCCGGACCCCGCGGCGCUGCCCAGCUCCGGCCUCCCGGGCACGGAGCCUCCCGGGAGCUGCGAAGAUCGUGGAACGGUUAUCAGGAAAAAUGGCCACUGGUCUUUCACCAGGUUUCUACAUAGAAGAACUUAAUAAAUACCAUCAGAAGCAUAAAGUAAAAGUUUCCUAUCAGGAACUGUCUGUGACAGGACCGUCACACAACUUACUGUAUACAUUUCAAGUAGUUAUAGAUGGAAGAACAUUUCCAGAAGGUGAAGGUAGAUCAAAGCAGGAGGCAAAAAAUGCUGCUGCCAAAUUAGCUUUUGAUGUACUUACUCAAGAAAAAAAGAUUUCAAUGUAAGUGCAAAAUUGGGCAGAAAGUGUAUGGUUGUGGAACAGCCUCUACGAAACAGGAUGCAAAGCAGUUGGCUGCCAAACUUGCAUAUGAUCAGAUUUCAAAAGAAAGACUGGUGAAAACUCACCAGGCGUCUACUGAUCAUUCUGCGGAGUCCAGUGACUCUGGAAACAUGUCUUCCAAAACACUAGCUUCUGAAGUGUCCUCUGAAAAUGACUCCUCAACAAAUACAUGGGAAAAUAACACUGACAGUGACAGCAGUUUUGCCGUGAAUGGUCUCACCAACAAGCAAAAGAAAGCAAAGGUAAAUUUGGCGGCUAAAUUCGACCAUGCUGAUGUGAGAGAAAACAAGUACACCAUGGAUAGCUGGUUUGUCAAAAAUUAUGAAGACAUAGAACUCAUUGGCAAAGGUGGAUAUGGCGAAGUUUUCAAAGCAACACACAGAUUGGUUAAAAAUAUUCAUGUUAUUAAACGUGUUAAAUACACCAAAAAGAAGGCAUUGCGUGAAGUACAAGCGUUGGCGGCUCUUCGUCAUCCCAAUAUUGUUCAGUAUUGCUAUUGUUGGGAGGGAUACGAUUAUGAUCCUGACUGCAGUUUAAGUACUGAUAAUUCACGACCAAAGAGUCCGUGUCUUUUCAUCACAAUGGAAUUCUGUGAUAAAGGCACACUGGAGCAAUGGAUUGAUCAAAGAAGAGAAAACAAUUCAGACAGAGCAUUGGCUCUGGAGUUUUUUGAGCAAAUAACAACAGGAGUACACUAUAUACACUCAAGCAAAAUCAUUCAUAGAGAUCUUAAGCCAAGUAACAUAUUUUUAGUAGAUGAGAAACAAGUAAAGAUUGGAGACUUUGGACUCGCAACAUCCCUGGAAAAUGAUGGAAAGCGAACAAGAAAUAAGGGAACGGAGAGAUACAUGAGCCCGGAACAGCUGGAUUCAGAAGAUUAUGGAAAGGAAGUGGACCUUUAUGCUCUGGGACUAAUUUUUGCUGAACUUAUUCACAUAUGUAAGACUCACCAAGAAACAGCAAAGUUUUUCAAAGAUCUAAAGAAAGGUAUCUUCUAUGAUGUGUUUAAUAGCAAAGAAAAAAGCCUUCUACAGAAAUUACUAUCAAAGGAACCUCAAAGACGACCUGACACAUCUGAAAUACUGAAGACCUUGUCUGAGUGGAAGAAUGUCUCAGAGAAAAAGCAAAGAAAUACCUUUUAGAGCUCUUCUAGAAAGUAUCCUACUUCUGAUAUGUGCUUUCCUUUUAUUAUCAGAGGUCUGCUAAGGGCCAUGGAUAGAUAUUUCCCCUCAUUUUCAUCUUCUUUUACUUUUGUUAUUGCAUUUCAGACAGGUUUUCAUUUUUUUUAACUUCAAAAAACAUUCU